UUGCUACGUAAACGCAAUUUGGCUAAUGUUUUUCCUUAAAAAAAACUUUAUUAUCAACAUUACCGACUAUUGUAACUAUAUAAACUAACCGCUGGAACAACCGUGCACGAAAAAUAUUACAAAUGACGUAUUUGCAUAAUUAAAUCGCUCGAAAGCGGUACCGUGCGCGUAAAAGCGUGUCCUAUACGAUCAGCAUAACUACGUGAAAAUGAAAAUUAACGAGAAGAAUUUGUGUGCGUUCGCAUCGUCGGCGACGCCGGUGGACCGGGAGGGCUGGCUGGAUAUGCGGGAGGCGGGCAAGAGCUACACGCGCCGCUGGUUCACGUUGAAAGGGAAUCUGUUGUUUUACUUCGAUAAGAAGGGGGAUAAGGAGCCAGCGGGCGUUAUUGUGCUGGAAGGAUGCACUAUUGAGCUAACAGAAGAAGAGGAAGCCUACAGCUUCAAGAUCGUCUUCCAGUGCGAGGGUGGACGGACAUUCUACCUGUGCACCAACUCGCAGGCCUCCAUGGAGGCGUGGAUGAAAGCUCUAGCCUGUGCCAGCUAUGACUACAUGAAGCUCAUGGUAGCGGAGCUGCAGAGGCAGCUGGAUGAAGCUGAAGCGGAGGCAGCGGCAGAGGCCGCAGCGUUAGUGACUACACCGACUGAAGAGCCGCGCGCGCCGCCGCGGGGACAGAGAUACAAUCCCUUCAAUAAACUGCCAGAGAAUGAGCCCAAGGCCGUACCGGGCAGCCGGCACCAUAAAGAGAACCUGCGACCAGACAUUUCUCGCAAGAAGGUCCCUUUCCGCGACAUCCACACCGCUUUCGGCCGCAAGAUCCUCUUAGACCGUAGCGAGUGGCGCGCCACGCUCGCUAAGCGGCAGAAGGUUGUGGAAUCACCGCUUAUACAGCUAUAAUAUCGCACAAAAUGGAAGUUACAAUAUUAUCAUUCGUCUGCGAUUUUAAUAAAGAGUGAAGACGCUGUUACGAGUAAACUUCGAGUAUUCGCUACGACAUUCACAUCGCCUUCGGCCGCAAGAUCCUCUUAGACCGUAGCGAGUGGCGCGCCACGCUCGCUAAGCGGCAGAAGGUUGUGGAAUCACCACUAAUACAGCUGUAAUAUAGCGAAUGGAAAGUUGAAAGAGCAUUCGUCUGCAGUUUUGAUCAAGAGCGAAAAUACACUAUUGAACUUCUAGACCCUCACGGUUAGACAUUCACCUUCUUGGGCGCAAGAUGCUCGCGGAACGCGGCGAGUGGCACACCAGCCGAGUGACAAAAAACCGGGCAAGUACGAUUCGGACUCGCCCUCCGUGGGUUCCGUACUUUUUAGUAUUUGUUGUUAUAGCGGCAACGAUUCAUGAGAUACAGCGUGGCGACAGACAGACGGAUAGUGGAGUCUUAGUAAUAGGGUCCCGUUUUUUACCCUUUGGGUACGGAAUCCAAAAAACGGUAGAAUCACCCCUAAAAGUGACAGAAGCUUGUAACAUAAUCGCUUACACAGUUACAAUUAUAAGAAGCGAUAGAGAGCUGUUGAAUCGUCACAUAUACGUGAGAAGCAAGUGUGUGAUCAGGAUCACAGCAUACACACAACACACACACACGUUACAGGAUACAGUUGUAAGAAGCGACGCUUCACCACUUAUAAUAUACAGACAAUAAGAUUUGUCGCACAAUAAAGGUUCUGUUUAGCGACCUUCCGUCAAGUUCCGUCGUGGUCGGAACCUUUUACACAAAUACUAGAUCGAAUUUAUGUAUCUCACGAUUUCACAAUCAAGUAAACGUUUUGAUUCACCGCCUGCACUUUAGCUAUAAUUAGACUAAUAUGUAAUAGGAUAAGAGAAAGACCUUUAAGUACUUAAAUAAAUUCCAUGAAGAAACAAAUUAUUAAUUAAUGGUUUAUGGAAGAUUUUCGAAACCAACGCGGUGCCUGUUCAUGAGAACAUUGUAUGUAAUUAUGUGUUUUUAUGAUGUUGAACAUUGUAUGUAAUUAUAAUAUGUUUUUAUUGCAAUAGCAAUGAUUAUCACAGUUUCACAGUGAAAAAACAACUUUAGGAGUAGAAAUUACAAAAUAUUUCGAUUUACAUAUUAUCAAUCAUUAUGAUCUGUUGACCCAACUUUUGUUUGGAUUAUUCAUGCUGUUACAGAAAGUAACAGAAUUUGUAUCUUUUCACCUAUAUAUGAUAAAGUGGACAUUAGCGGACAAUUUUGUUAAAUCAUUUUCUACAUAAUUUUUUACCAUGCUGGAAAUCAUGUUCUAGAACGAUUUCUUUUUUUAAUUCUUGAUGUUGAAUGUAUUAUUAAAUUACUAUUAAAAUAACCUUACUAUGAUUUUGAUGAAUCAUAAAAUAUGCGCUCACUUGCCUAUCAGUAUUAAACGCGCUUCUUAAAUUAGUUCCUACAUCGGUGUAAAUAACUAUUUAAAUGAAAUAAAUGAAACAACGGUUGUA